CUCUCGUCCGUCCCCAGCCCUUCUGCCCUCCUCCUCCUCGUUCUCUCCCCGUCGGUUCCGCAUGCUGCUCUGCCUGCUCUGCCGCCCGCUCCAUUGUAUCCGUGCUGCGGGCCGCCCUCCCUCCCGUUCCCUCAUGGACCUCAGGGAGCUCGUCGCCGCCCUGAAUGACUUCGCCUCCCCGUCCCUGGCUGAGAGCUGGGACAACGUGGGGCUGCUGGUGGAGCCCAGCCCUCCCCACGCCGUGCGCACCCUGCUCCUCACCAACGACCUGACCGAGCAGGUGAUGGAGGAGGCGGUGCAGAAGAACGCGGACCUCAUUCUGUCCUAUCACCCUCCCAUCUUCGCUCCGCUCAAGCGGGUCACAUGGAGGACCUGGAAGGAGCGGCUGGUGGUCCGGGCUCUGGAGCACAGGAUCGGGAUCUACUCCCCGCACACAGCGUACGAUGCUGUACCCCAUGGAGUCAACACCUGGCUGUCCAAGGGACUCGGUGCCUGUACUUCUGUCCCACUGCACCCAUCAACCGCUCCAAGCCACCCGACUGAGGGCACUCACCAGGUAGAAUUCUGUGCAGACUCUACAGAGCAACUAGACACAGUGCUGUCCAAAAUCAAAGACAUCCCAGAGAUCUUCUGUCUCACCACUCUCCCUGUCAGGGCUGACAGGGAGGAGCAGACACGAGUCAGUCUGAACUGCUCUCAGAAAGCACUGCUGGAGGUAGUGGCGUUAUUGUCCCAGAACAGCCUUCUUUAUCACAAGACUGAGAUUCUCUUACUACAAAAGCCUCUUCUUCCACAUACUGGAAUGGGACGUCUCUGCACACUGAGUGAGCCAGCUUCCUUGUCAGACAUAAUUGAGCGUAUCAAAAGCCACCUCAAAUUACCCCACGUUCGCCUUGCCAUGGGAACAGGCAAGACACUCGAUUCUCCAGUGAAGAAAGCUGCUCUCUGUGCUGGUUCUGGGAGCAGUGUCCUGAAGGGAACGGAAGCUGAUCUCUAUCUCACAGGAGAGAUGUCUCACCACGAUGUUCUGGAUGCAGUUGCCAACGGUAUAAGUGUUAUUCUGUGUGAACACAGUAACACUGAGCGAGGCUUCUUGUCAGAGCUGCGUGACACCCUAACUGCUCACCUACAGAACAAGGUCAACAUCAUUAUGUCUGAGAAAGACAGAGAUCCCCUCCAGGUGGUGUAACAGGGAGAAGGAAAAAAGAAAUGAAGUGAGAGAAUGCAGUCAAGAGUUUAAUAGUAUAUUGCACAGACCUAUGCAAAUGCAAGCUGAAUGAAGAUGCUCUGAACUGCUCAGUAUAGCAUUGCAUUCUAUGGUCACCCAGUGUCUGGGAUAUAAAUUGUCAUCUAUCAGAUAAGUAAUAAACAUUUGUUUCAGUCUACUGAAAGAUGAUUUACUUAAUAACUGGGCUCCCACUUGAAUAGUGUAUAAUAACAGUAAAUUUAUUAUUACAUAUAUUUGAUAACUGCACUGCUCAGGGGUUAGAAGGAUAAAAUAUGAAAAUCUGACUUAGCUCCAUUUUUAAUACUUGUAACUCUUAAUUACAAGAUUACUAAAACUGAGCAAGUAGUAUUUCCACUAUCAAUAAUGAUUGAAGGGCUUUGGUGUUUCCUUUUUUUAAAAAAAAAAAAAAAAACCUCCCAGUAGAGUAUGUUACUGUCUCUGGAUUCUGUACACACCAGAAGAAUAUUUAAACAAUCUGAAAAUACUUCCAUUGCAAACUAAUAAAUGUCUGAGUGGCAUCACUUUAAA